AUGAGAACAAACACUUCAGUAGUUAUAGGUUUUUACUACAAAACUCCUCUUGCUUCAGCUAGUGACUAUUUUUCUUAAACCGAUAAUGAGCUAACAGCUUUAUUCUCUGUAACAAAGUAAUUACGCUUCAUGGGAAACUCUAAUAUAAAUCGUCACUUUGGAUAGGUGAACACUAACAGGUAUGUUGUUACUAAUGAUUAAGGUGGAAUGACUUUUGGAUUGAACUGUAAUGUUGAUUCUACUAUUGAUGUAACCUAUGGUAAAGAUCGUGUUAGGCAAUAUAAGAUUGUCUCUGGAAGUAUCACUUAUGAACCUAACAAUCAAUUAUCAAACAAUUCUGACAUUAAUUAUGAUUUUGUCGAAUGUCAACAGAUUGAGAUUUAUCAAGCUAAGCAAUGA